AUGGCCAAAAAAGACAAAAAGAAAUCCGCAGAGAAAAAAGAACGCAACGCCGCCAAACAACUAAAAAAAGCCGACAAAAAAGAGAAAAAGCAUAAGUCCAAAGGCCGAGAUGUCGAUAGUGAUGCCGAAGACGUCGAUCUGGAUGCCGUCCUAGCAGCUUAUGCAGAAGAGCAGGCAAAAUUCCUCAAAGUCACAGAAAUCCCAUCAUCUCCACCAACUCCACGCUCAUCAUCGACUAUUGUCGCGUCACCAGCUAAUCGGAAUGAAUUGCUGCUCUUUGGCGGUGAGUACUUUGACGGUACUCUUGCCACGUUUUUCAAUAAUCUUUAUGUCUAUCUGAUUGAUCGUCGAGAGUGGCGGGAGGUCACCAGUCCCAAUAGCCCUUUGCCCAGAAGUGGGCAUGCGUGGACUCGAGGUGGGAAUGCAGGAGGCAUUUAUCUGUUUGGUGGUGAAUUCUCGUCUCCUAAGCAGGGUACUUUUUAUCAUUACAAUGAUUUUUGGCAUCUUGAUCCGGCGACGAGGGAAUGGAGCCGUCUUGAGCCCAAGGGGAAGGGUCCACCGGCGAGAAGUGGGCAUAGAAUGACAUAUUUCAAGAACUAUAUCAUUCUGUUUGGUGGAUUCCAAGAUACCUCCCAACAAACCAAAUACCUCCAAGACCUCUGGAUCUACGACUGCACCAAGUUCGUAUGGUUCAACCCAGUUCUCCCUCCCGCAUCACAAAAACCAGAUGCUAGAUCUUCAUUCUCCUUCUUGCCCCAUGAAUCUGGCGCCGUCUUAUAUGGCGGCUACUCUCGCGUCAAAGCAUCAACCGGUGCUAGUGGCGGCGGGAAACAAGGCAAAGGUGGCGGUGGAGGAGGUCCGCAACGAAUCACUUUAAAGCCAAUGGUCCAUCAAGACACUUGGUUCUUACGCAUCACUCCCCCUGGGCCUGAUGCACCUUCCUCCGCGGGACCAACUGUUCGCUGGGAACGACGCAAAAAGCCAGCUAAUGCACCCAACCCAGCGCGCGCCGGUAUCACAAUGGCUCACCACAAGGGGCGCGGAAUUAUGUUCGGUGGUGUACACGACGUUGAAAUGAGCGAAGAAGGUAUCGACAGUGAAUUCUUCGAUACCAUGUUUGCAUGGAACCUGGAACGGAAUCGAUUCUUCCCACUUACGUUACGUCGACCGAAAACGCAGGGAAAGAAGCAGCAAAAUCAGGCUAUGAAAGCGCGGGAUCGAAGUAAAGCGGAUGAAGAAGAGCUGUUACGAAAUCUUGCUGCGUUGGAGGCAAAGCGUGGAAUUCGUGCAGCAGAUGUUGAUGAUGAUGAUAUGGAUAUUGACAGUCCGGCGAAAAUGGAAGAAGUUGAGUCCGUGAAGCCGGCAGUUGUCAAGUUUGAGAUGCCGCAUCCGCGGUUUAAUGCUCAGUUAAGUGUCCAAGAUGACACGCUUUUCAUUUUUGGAGGCACAUUUGAGAGAGGAGAUCAAGAAUUCAUUUUCAAUGAUAUGUAUUCCAUCGAUCUGGUGAAGCUGGAUGGCGUAAAGGAGAUAUUCUACAAUGACCCUACAAACUGGAACACGCAACCCGAAGCAAGUGAUGAUGAAGACGAGGACGAAGAUGAGGAUGAAGACAUGGAUGAUGAUGAAGAGGAGAAUGAAGUUGAAGAGGGCAUGUCAGUCGACACGCCAUCCGAAGCACCCACCGAAAUCACAGUGCCUUCCGUCACACGCGAAAUGCAAAACCUUGACGUCGAAGAGACAGAAGGUGAGCCUGAGAUCAAGGACGACAGACCACAGCCUCGACCAUUUGAGAGUCUACGCGAUUUCUUUGCGCGCACUACUACAGAAUGGCAGAAUUAUUUGCUUGAAAAACUGAAGCAGCGUGGGGAUCCAGCCGAGAAAACAAUCAAGGAGUUGAGGAAAGAGGCGUUUGAUCUUGCGGAGGAGAAAUGGUGGGAUAGUCGGGAGGAGAUUAUGGCGCUGGAGGAUGAGCAGGAGGCUGCUGGUAUUGGGGAGGUUGUUAGUAUGAUGGAUAGGGCAGAGACAAGUGGAGGGGCUGGACGACGCAGGUAG